AGAGAGAAAGGGCACAAUUACACAUCCUUUUUUAAAGUGUCUUGCUCUCUCUCCUCUUUCUCUCUCUAAAUCUGUCUGCUAAUUUUUAGGAGUCCCAAAACCAAAUGCAGGCAUGCAAAAAUUGAGCCCUCCUAUGUUUAAGCUUCAUUCUCGUCGUCACCUUUCUGAAUCGACUUGCCUUCGCCUUCUGUCUUCUCAGGCUCUCAACUAUGCGCCCUUAAAGCUGUUCUUCGUAGCAGCUUUCCUCUUUCCCUAUUCUUCAACCCUCAAGAUUGGCGAAACCUGUUCCAGCUCCAGCAGUAACUGCGACGCCGGCUCGAAUUGCGGUAGCUGCGUUGCCAACGGCAACACCAGGCCUCGUUGCACCCGCAUUCAACCUAUAAAUCCUUUGACUAAGGUAGGAGGGCUGCCUUUUAACAAGUAUUCAUGGCUGACGACACACAACUCGUUUGCUCUGACCGGGCGGAAAUCGGGCGUCGGUUCCGAUCUCCUCGCACCGACUAAUCAAGAGGAUUCCGUUACCGAUCAGCUCAAAAAUGGUGUUCGAGGUCUAAUGCUUGACAUGUAUGACUUCAAUAAUGAUAUCUGGUUGUGUCAUUCCUUUGGAGGGAGGUGUUUAAAUGUGACUGCAUUUCAACCUGCUAUUAAUGUACUGAGAGAAAUUCAAGCUUUUCUUCACGAAAACCCAACAGAAAUUGUCACCAUCUUUGUUGAGGAUUAUGUGGCAUCUCCACAAGGCCUGACAAAAGUGUUCAAUGCAUCUGGGCUUAAUCAAUACUUGUUCCCACUCUCUCAAAUGCCCAAAAAUGGUGAAGAAUGGCCAAUAGUUGAUGAUAUGGUAAAGAAGAAUCAGAGGUUGGUAGUCUUCUCCUCUCAAUCGUCCAAGGAGGCUUCUGAAAUGGUUGCAUUUGAAUGGAACUAUGUUGUGGAAAGUCAGUAUGGGAAUAAUGGGAUGAUUGAUGGUUCAUGUCCCAAUCGGGGAGAAUCUUCCCCAAUGAGUACAUCAUCAAGAUCUCUGGUUCUCAUGAAUUACUUCCCAACUAAUCCUAAUGCAUCAGAAGCUUGCGUGGACAACUCUGCUAAGCUUCUUAACAUGAUGAGGACUUGUUAUAUAGCAGCGGGAAAUCGCUGGCCAAAUUUCAUUGCAGUUGAUUUCUAUAGAAGGAGCGACGGAGGGGGAGCCCCAGAAGCUGUUGAUGAAGCGAAUGGGCACUUAACCUGUGGCUGCGACAGCAUUGCUUAUUGCAGAGCAAACGCAGGGUUUGGCACGUGUGAUGUCCCCCUACUUGCACCUCCACCGCCAUCUCAGCUUCCGCCUUUAGCUCAACCACCUAUCAAUAAUUCUCUGAAACAAUUCGUGAAGCUUGAGGAUUGUGCGACUACUUCUGAACUCCAUCGCCGCCAAAUUGAAUGGCAAAGACGGAGGUGACGUGACGUCGACAAUGUCGUUGGCUGGGCACCGGAUGAAUCGAGUCUGACAAGCCGGAAACGAUAUGGAAAUCAGUAACCUAACCAUGAUGUAGUAGCAAGUAGUAAGUAGAAAUACAUUUAUUAUAUGUAUAAUUUUUUUUUGAGCGGUAUUAUAUGUAUAAUUGAUUAUUCUAAUUUUACACCUUUUGAGUUUGGAUAUCAAGGGUUCGAACUUGGUCGGUUCAUAUUUUAUAGAUAUGAAGAGUAUUACUAAAA